AAAAAGUAAUUAUUUUAUUUGACCACCCUCCUUGGACAAGAAGAAUUAAAGAUUACAUAGACAUUCAAAAGGCACACGCACUGUGACACUUUAGUUUGCAGACUUUACUUCUUUAUUUUUUGCUUCAGAUAGAGACUUCCUUAAUCCUCAGUAACUUGUCUCUCUCUCGGACAAAGAGAAAACUCUCAGUUUUCAACAAGAAAGACAGUGAAAAGAGAUGGAAAGAAAGGGUUUAGUUUUAUGCAGUGUUGUUGCCUUUUUGGCGGUAUUAGUAGCCGCUACUGGUUUUGCUGCUGAAGCUACAAGGAUCAAGGCUUCAGAAGUUAAAUUUGUCUCCACUACACAAUGUUCUUAUCCCCGGAGUCCUGCACUUGGCCUCGGCUUAACUGCAGCAGCAGCGCUCCUGAUAGCUCAAAUAAUUAUUAAUUUUGCAACUGGGUGUAUUUGCUGCAAAAGAAACCCUCAAACUUGGAACUCUAACUGGACAAAAGCUCUUGUCUUUUAUGUUGUUUCUUGGUUCACAUUUGUUAUAGCUUUCCUUCUCUUGCUAACUGGUUCUGCACUCAAUGAUCAACAUGGUGAAGAGAGUGUGUACUUUGGCAACUACUACUGCUAUGUCGUGAAACCUGGAGUCUUUGCUGGGGGAGCUGUCUUAGCCGUUGCGAGUGUCAUUUUCGGAAUCUUCUAUUAUCUCUCCUUAAACAUGGCUAAGAAUGCAACCGGUCCUUGGGGCAAUGCACCUAUUCCUAAUCAAGGUGGCAUAGCCAUGGGACAACCUCAGUUCCCACCCCAGAGCUCUCAAGAUCCUGUAUUUGUACAUGAAGAUACUUAUAACAGGCGGCAGUUCACUUGAUGAGAAAAUUACCCAACGAAACACAUGCAGGAUUAUCUCCUGGUGUUUUAGGCAGUUUGGCUCCUGUUGGUCUUGAAAUCAGUUUCGUUUUUUGCAUUGCGGGUACUCGCCGCAUCCAAAGGGAGCAAGAUGGUAUUGGUAGUAUGGGACCGGGAUCCAGCUUUAUUGAAUUGUGAAAGUUCUUUUCUUUCUUUCCUUUAUUUUUUUUUUUGGGUCGGGGGCCGGGGGGAGGAGGGGGUGUGUGUUACGGUGGUUAAGGUGUCUUUGUAUAGUGUAUAUGAAACUUUCUUGCUUAUCGGAUUUUGGGUCAUAUCUGCUUAAAUGAGUAGUGUUGCCAUCUUAUCUUUGAUGUGCUUGUUGUUAAUGAGACAAAAAAGGACCAUUGCGAGCAACCCACUUUCAGAAAGAAAGAACUGUACACAUCUCAGAAAGAAAGGUCAAAGUGAAAAAGACAUACUGAAGUUAAUCACCAAUUCCGGCUGCUAUCAUUUUUGUCCUGUCAUAGGUAAUGCAGAGGAUGUAAUUGAAUUCAGUCCAUACAAUGAAAAGUUUGAAUUUAACUCAAACUCGAGGCUUCAAGUUUUAUUCGAGCUACAUCUACAUCUACGUUUACCUUUUAUGUUUUAACAUUCA